AUGUUCUUUGAGGACCACCUGGAUGAGGCCCUCAGCAGGGAGAACAGUCCUGACGGCGUCGCUGACUGGCGACCAGCGGGCAAUGCGACCAGCAGUGAGGCCCCGCCGCUCUCAACCUCUGCCGCCCUCAGCAGCCUGCUCAAGUCCAUCAUUCAGGCGACGGAGAAUGAGCGCUGCGCACCGGACAUUCUGCCCUACCCUGAGGCUGUGGUGGACGGCGUGGCGGCUCAGAUAGCUGCACAGAACGAGCAGAUUAGCCGCCUGAGUGCGCAAGAAAAGCAGCAAACGGCCGAGCGGGCCCCCGGCACCUCGCUGCUGCCCUUUCAGCCCUCUGACAUCAUGGCACUUGAGGUGCAACGCGCUCAGUUCUUUCUUUCCGAGCUACUGCGUUGUCGUCUGCGAAAGAUUGAGUCGUUGGCCUUGUCUAUCUUUUACGAGGGCCAGGCGAAUAGCGAUGCCCCGACGCAGCUGCGGGAGAGGCUAUCGCACAACGAAAUCAUUGUUGCUGACAGACUCGCUGAACUGGUGUCCAAGUAUGUACUUCAGGCGGGUUUGCAGGCUGCCCCGACAGAGCUGCAGUACCUCGUCCCGAACCCCCCGUACGCGGAGGGGGUUGAGCUGCUGCCCGUGCCAGACUUGGACCAGUACGUCUUUUGUGUCGUCCUGGAUGACCUCGGCGUGGUGCGCUUGGGCGAAGAUGCGGAGCAAACAGUCCACGCUGGCGAGAUCUUUCUAGUUCCCUACCGCGCCUUCCGACCGUACAUUUUGGAUGGGCGGGUGCGCUUGGUCUGA